AAGCGUUUUCAUUCUCAUACGAGAAGACAGUCUAUGUGUAAGGUCCCGAGGACGGUCCACGUACGCGUGUAACUCGGUCACUGAAAGAGAGCGUGCACGCGUGUCGACGAUUCUCGCCCCGGUAGAUCUCGAGUGGAAAAGGAGCAUCCCCCGACCUUUUGUUUCACAUUCGACGAUUUUCGAGUCGCUCCCUCACGUCGCGGCGUCCGUCACGUUAACGUUCCCGCGAACUUUGUCAGUGUCUCUCGAAGAAAACAGUCCGUUUCGCGCCGGCCCACGUCGCCCCACACCACCCCACGCCACUCGUAGUGUCUCUGCACGUGCACGCUAACGCUGCAAUAUUUGCUAACGUGCAAUCGCAACGCCGAGGCAACGUGCACGAGGAAUAAGAAACGAGGAACGAGAAUCGAGGAUCGAAGAUCGAGGAUCAAGGAUCGAGGAGAUUGACGACUCGUCGCGACGCGCCACGACAAAGGCAAACGCGUCCACGAAAAAAAAAUUACGUAUACAAUCCCGCAGGCGUUACAAGCUCGGGAAGCAAGUUUUGGAUCAUCCCACUGAGUCUCGUGUCUACGUACAAAAGGAAAUGUCGAGUCCGCGCGCGAAAGCCAGCUACCACAAUGUGAGAAUAAUCGUCAUCAUCACCCUCGCCGUUACAUUGUGCUACCCGGCUGUCGUCAAUACGGCAGCGGUCCGUUCCGAGAAGCUACUACAGGGGGUCUUGCUACGAGACUCUAGGAACGUAAAGAUGCCACCAUCUUCGCAAGAGAGCGACGAGGAAGACGCGGCGAAACGAUAUUGCAGUAAUCACAACACGCCUUGUGGAUGGGCGGUCUACGAUUCAUACACGCGUGACAUCAUAUAUUACAUGAAAAACACUUGCGAAUGCCUGGAUGAGAGCUACAAGUGCGUGCGCGAGCGGGACGAUCUGUCCGCGAGCGCAUACGUGUACCGCUGCCGUCAAAAUACGACGGCGGAUGACAUCCCGAUGUCUUCCGACGACAGCAUCUGAGACGAAGUCGGCGGUAUCGUCUCUCGUCAUCGGAACCUACUUACUUGUGUCACGUCAACUCGAUUACCGCCUCAUCGUCGUCCGUCUUCGCGAUCCUUGGCGUCAUGGACCAGAGCUAGCUCUUCGACCCUUCGCUGACACAUCCUUAUUAUAUACCGUACGUCUCGAAGGUGAUUUUCCUCCUUGACCAUCUCCAUCCACAUCCCGCUUCGCCGGCUUCGCUACAACGAGGAUCGCGUGACGAGCAUAGACAUUUCGUCUUUGUCGGGGUUGGAUCAAAUCGCGAAAAAAUUUAAAAAAAAAAAAAAAAUUAAUCGCGUAUCUCCAUCAAGUCAUAUAUACUUUUCAUCCUCAAUUUUACCUUUUCUAUCUUUAUUUGCACUACUUUGCGAUGUACUUCUUAAUCUUGAUGCUCAUCCAUCGAAUCCAAUUUGUCCUCAAGGACCGAUUUGCUUACGCGUGUAAGCAUCAAUGUGAGCACACCGCGUCAACUACUUUGCACCUUUGAAAUUUCUUGUCUGCCUUUGGUUGGCUCGUAACACGUAACACGCCUUGUAAAGUGGCUUAAAAUAUUAUUACAUCUAGCGCGAAACAUUAUUUAUAUGUGGCUACUCGUCUCGAUCGUCAGUCAACAUGUAUGAUUUUCGAUGUAAUCAGUAAUCCUCGUUUACUCGAUUUAAAAUAAACCAUAAAAUCAAAUGUGUAAGAUCAAUUUAAUACAUUUCUUUUUAAUGCAUUGGGCAAUAAUGGACAUUAAAUAAUACGGAUAAAUACGGACCUUUGACAAUA